CCGGCCGGCGCUGCCCACCUGAGGGAGCCCGCGCCCCGCGCCCGCCCGACCCUCCGCCCGCCCCGCGAGCCGGGCACCUGUGCCAGGAGCCCUGUUGAAUGCACCGAGAAGGGACGUUCAGAGCGAACACCAUGAGUAUCUCAGCUCUCGGAGGAAGCAGCAAAGGGAAGCCUCUCCCCCCAGGCGAGGAGGAACGCAAGAACGUCCUCAAGCAGAUGAAGGUUCGCACCACGCUGAAGGGGGACAAGAGCUGGAUCACGAAGCAGGAUGAGGCGGAGAGCCACGCCCUUGAGCUGCCCUCAGGCCGGAGUCGCGCCAUAUCUUUUUCUUCAGCUGGGGAGGUCCCGAAGGCCAGGCCCCCAAGCACGAGGGCGCCCACUGGCUAUAUCAUCCGGGGCGUGUUCACCAAGCCUGUAGACAGCUCGUCUCAGCCCCAGCAGCUCUUCCCCAAGGCCAACGGAGCCCCAAAAAGCGCUGCCGGUCUGGGGAAAGCAUCUCCUGCUGGGCCUCCCCGCCCCUCCUCCUCUGGCUACAGGAUGACCACAGAGGAUUACAAGAAGCUGGCACCCUACAACGUCAGGCGCAGCUCGGCGUCAGGGGCUGCUGAAGAGGAGGAGGCGCCCUUCUCUUCUGAUGAGCAGAAACGGAGGUCGGAGGCCGCCAGCAGUGUGGUGAGGAAGACAGCUUCCCGGGAGCACUCCUACGUCCUGUCGGCGGCCAAGAAGAGCGCCAGCAGCCUUGCCCAGGAGACGCAGGCCCCGUUCAUCGCAAAGAGGGUUGAGGUGGUGGAUGAGGACGGGCCUUCCAAGAAAAGCCAGGACCCACCUGCUCUGGCACGAUCCCCUCCCGGCUCGAGCAGUGCGGACGGGGGCAGAGCCAAACUGUCUCGGGCGAUUUGGAUGGAGUGCACGCCAGGCCUGCCUAGCCCCGCUGGGACGCCGGAGCCCAGCGCAAGAGGUGAGGAGACUGUCCGCCUGCAGAUCACAACACCCGGGGCGGGACUCCGCCUGGUGGCCCCAGACCUGGAAGAAAUGAGGUCUUCCCCAGGCUCCAAAGACAGCGAAGCCCCCAACCCCAGAGAGCCCAAGAGAGACUUGACUGGUGAAAGGGCCUUCAAGGGCCUUGAUGCAGACUCUGAAAGAUCAAGUGCACAGUCAAGGGAUGGCACCGUGGGCUCCACACCUGAAGGCCCGGCUGGAGCACACAUCAGCUCUGGGAGAGGAGGGCUGUGCUCACCUGCUGUCUUUACCCCUCUCCUGGACGAUCAGGAGGUGCCCAGCGCCAACUCACAGCCUCACAAGCCUGGACCAGCAGCCAGCAGCUCUGCUGCCACGUCUGCCUCUGCUGUCCUGGCUGACAGGAAGAGCAACAGCCCAGCACACCUGGAGGACAUGGAGAUGGACCCAAAGGGCGCCUUGCCUGAAUUUCAGGAGGAGAAUGUGGUCACCAAAGUGGGAGACGCCUGGCAGGGGAGGCCUGGAGCCCAGCAAGAUGACCGGGGAGACCCAGCCGCACCCGCCCAGAAGCCGGCAGACCCCAGCAGCCCUGAGCAGCACCUGGAAGUGGACAGCCAGGCCAGCAGGGUGAGCAGCCCCGCAAGCUGUAUGGUCACUGUUACCGUCACUGCCGCCUCGGAGCAGCCUCAUGUCUGUGUGCCCGCCUCCCCGAGUGAAUUGGAGUCUAACUCAACCAGCAAAGGGAUUCUCUUUAUGAAGGAGUAUCUGAAUGCUGCUGAGGUGUCCUCUGGGAAGCCACCGUCUUCAUUCUAUAGCAGCGUCAGCAGCAUUGAGGACUCACACGACAUGGAGAAGAAACUCCCACAUGACAGUACUCCGUACUCUGAGCGGACAAGUGGAGGGAUCUGCACUUACUGCAACCAGGAGAUCGGAGACUGUCCAAAGAUUACCUUAGAACAUCUUGGCCUUUGCUGCCAUGACUAUUGCUUUAAGUGUGGGAUUUGCAGUAAACCGAUGGGGGAGCUUCUGGAUCAGAUCUUCAUUCACCGUGACACCAUCCACUGUGGGAAAUGCUAUGAGAAGCUCUUCUAGCUCCUCCAGGCUAAGAAGAAGCUGGUAACUCCUGGACAAGUUUGACUGUCCCCGCUUUGCCCCAAGUUGCUGACUCUUCUUCCCUCACUUCCUCUCUCCUCCAUGUGAUCGCUUCAUGAUUUGGCUCUUCUUAAGUUGAACUUGCUUACAUCCAGUAGCGUAUCUUCAUGACGUUAUGAUAAUUACUCGUGUGUGUAGCUUUUUAGAGCUUAGAAAGCACUUCCCAUCCAUUAUGUUACUUCAGGCUCAAGCAAAGAGGAUUGAACAGUAAUUCCAUUGUCGCUUGCCUCAGACUGGUCAGCUUCCUGAUGAGUUUCGGUGGCCUGGUACAAUAGGCCCGGGCA